GCCGGAAGCGGGGUGCAAAUGUGUUGUGGCUGUAAGGAACAGGAAGCCCCGAAGGGUCAAAAGGAAUACAAAAGCAAAGUCUGUUUGCCUCCUUUAAGCCGUUGUUCUUUCUUGGUUUCUUUUCUAUUUUUUUAAGAGCGAGUGGCCUAGGCGGCGACGGUUUGCGUUAGGCGCCGCGGAGGUGAGGGAGGCCCACCUCCCGCGCUCUGGUAGAUCUGCCACCUCCUUCUUUACAGACUGGACUGGACUGCUAAAGCACCCUGAGAACCUGAGAGUCCCCAUUAGAGUCUGCUUUGGAAGCAGGAACAGACUAUUCCAUUAUGGAUGGAGGGGAUGAUGGUAACCUUGUCAUCAAAAAGAGGUUUGUGUCUGAGGCAGAACUAGAUGAGCGGCGCAAAAGGAGGCAAGAAGAAUGGGAGAAAGUUCGAAAACCAGAGGACCCAGAAGAAUGUCCAGAGGAGGCGUAUGACCCCCGGUCUCUGUACGAACGGCUGCAGGAACAGAAAGACAGGAAGCAGCAGGAGUAUGAGGAGCAGUUCAAAUUCAAAAACAUGGUAAGAGGGUUAGAUGAAGAUGAGACCAACUUCCUUGACGAGGUUUCUCGGCAGCAGGAGCUGAUAGAGAAGCAGCGACGAGAAGAAGAGCUGGAGGAGCUGAAGGAGUACAGAAGUAAUCUCAACAAGGUUGGAAUUUCUGCAGAAAAUAAGGAAGUAGAGAAGAAGCUGGCUGUGAAACCCAUAGAAACCAGGAGCAAGUUCUCCCAGGCAAAGCUGUUGGCGGGAGCUGUGAAGCAUAAGAGCUCAGAGAGUGGCAAUAGUGUGAAAAGACUGAAACCAGACCCCGACCCAGAUGACAAGGCUCAAGAGGCCCCGACCUGCAUGUCUCUGGGAAGCUCUUCUCUGAGUGGAGCCCCCUCCCUCCACUGCCCGUCUGCUGCUGUGUGCAUUGGCAUCCUUCCUGGCUUGGGUGCCUACUCUGGGAGCAGUGACUCCGAAUCCAGUUCAGACAGCGAAGGCACCAUCAACGCUACAGGGAAGAUCGUCUCCUCCAUCUUCCGAACCAACACCUUCCUUGAGGCACCCUAGCUCCUGACAGUACCACAGGGAGCAUCUCCUCAGAGGGUUGGAUGCCAGUUCUGCCUCGGCAUCACCGCCCUCAAAAAACUUACUCACUUGCUUCCUGUGUCCAUGUGACAUUUUAACCUAACUCAGAAAUGUGUCACAGUCCAUUUGUGGCUCACACUUGGUUUGAUUUCUCUUUAUACUCGAGUGCAGAUGAACAAACCUGUCCUGUUGGUAUGAGGAGUUGGGGUUCAGGCUGUCUCAGAAAUGUCACUGACGGUAAGGACAGGCACAGCUGCUCGCAAGGACUCGGUGUGUCCUGUUGCUGUCUCGUUUAUCUCCUCACCUAGCAGCACAGGAAGCAAGGGCUUCAUUAGCUUCAUCUUCUGUUAUAGAUGAAUGGGCGGUCUGGUUCUGCCAUGUUGUGUGUGGGCAUAGAGAAAGGGGCCGACUAGCUGGUGGCAUGGAGCUCUCUCCCCUGGGACUAACCCUUCCUGGGUGUUGUGUGACUUCAGUAAAGAUUGCAGGCCACACCCACAAGGCUGAGAGCCAACUACAGCCCUUGAGGUGACGCUCUUCCAUGUUCUCCCCUCUCCAUCCAGCCUGAGGAGGUAGGAGGGAGCUGAUAAUGAGGAUGUGUCCAUCUUCUGCCCACCUUCUCUCCCUGAGAAAUUGUUUUGAUUUUGUUUUUGAAAUAAAAGAUUUAGUUUGAUUCUGAA